AUGGUCUUUUUUGUCAUACCCUCCCUCUCGAUUCAUCCACCCGCGUGCCUAUUUCAAUUACUGUCGGCGAGCGCGUUGAUCACGCCGUCCCGACUAUUACACGUCUGUGCCUCCUAUCACCAGUCCUUGGCAAACCUGGUCGCCCACAAGGCUUGCCGUGGUCUCCCUGUGCUCAAGGUCACGAUGAAACCUCAGCGAGAGAUCCUACCCGCAGCCCCAAUAGCAGCUAGCAGCGCUUCAUCAGAACGGGAGUCGACCCCGCGAUCCGCCACCGGGACCGCCUCGAGUGCGCUUAGACGCUGUCCCCAGACAAAGAUUGCUUGCACCUCAUGUCGUCGUCGGAAGUCAAAGUGCGAUGGCCAGCGUCCCGUGUGCUCCAUGUGCGCCGGCAUGGAUCGUACUAGGUGUGAGUACGAUGCCGACCCAGGCGUUACUCGCUUUGCCGCCCUCAAAAGCAAGCACGAGGAACUGCAGCGCCGCGUCGCUCUUUUUGAGAAGCUUUUCCGCCUGCUGUCGAUGCGCUCCGAGGCCGAGUCUGUCGAAAUCAUCCGCCGCAUGCGCACCGCCAACAUCGAAACGGACCUUGAAGACUUCAUCAAGUUCAUCAAGAACGCCGACUUGUUGAUGCAACUAGUCUCCGCCCAGUCAAACCAGACACCCCCCGCCUCAGAGGAGUCGAGUGUCGACACGCACCUCCUAACCAUACCCCUGGCCGACAUAUCCUCUCUCGUCGAGCUUUUAAGAUCUGCCGUUUCCAAACUCGACGCCUCGGCCCAGACUGCUUUACUAGACACGAUUAGACAUGAUAUAGCUGUCUUCACCUCACAAGAAGGCGGUCGAUCAGGCUCCGCUCCGCGGAAACAGUGAAGCUGGAAGGAAUGCCGGACGGAGAGGCACACGUAGAGAUGGACGGUGGACGACCCCAAAAACAAAUGGGCUUUUCUCAAGCGGCUACUUAACAAUCACAUGACGAGACCGAACUGAUGCGCGCGUACGGACUGCCCUGGGAGAUUGGCGCAUUCUUGUAUGACGGCCACGAGCAAAUGGGGUUCGUUAAAGGACGGCUGUCGGUCAGCCUCUACAUGGCACGGGGGCUUGACCAGUUAAUCAGUGAACUCCGCGUGUACAAACCACGACGACGAAGCAGGCGGCGGGCUUGGAAUACCACCGGGUCGUGAAAGGGCGUAAUGAUUCCUUCUGAAAUCAGGUUCGCCUUUGUUUGUGGACAAAUGUGGGCGGGAUUAAAGACUGGGACAGGUAGAUGAUCUCCUCUCUAAGCAA